AUGGCGAUUCGCCAAAACGUAACAGAACUCAUUGCAGUGAGAAAUGGUAAUAGACGUAUAUGGAAAAUCGUGGGAUGCAUGUCCGCUGGCCUUUCUCUUGUUGUUAUCGCUAUUAUUAUAAUGGCUUCUAGAGGAUUUCGAUUUUCAAAAUCAAACAAUACUUCAACAUCGUAUACAACCGUUAGAAACAUCAGUAAUCGUGAACCUUCAUUGAAAAUACAAUGGAUUCUUAUUUUUUUAUGUUACACUCUAGAUCUAAUAGUAACAUCAACAGCUUUAAUUGAUGAAGAUAAAACUUCACCAGAAGAUAAAACUUCAUCAGAAGAUGAAAUAAGUACAACUCCAACUGAAGAUUCAUUUAGCUUAGAAUUCAUUAGUCCAACUACGACUAGUCGAAAGGAUCCUGUCAUUUUUACACCAGAUCGUGUAUCUGACUUUUUCGGUUGGGAAGGUAAUGAUCCACUGUAUCUUUUUGCUAUAUCAGCUUAUUUUCUUCAACAUAAAAUAAUACAUCGUUAUCCUGUUAUGCCAGAAACAAACAAUACAGAAUGGCAAACAAUUGAAAUUUCGUUUCGAUCAUUUCCUGUAUUUAAGUACAAUCUUCUAGCAAUAGGUAUGCAGACAUCUAGCCGUACAAAUCAGAUAUAUGGUGUAAGAUCAGCGGUAUCAAUCCAUGGAAAAGAUAUUACGGAUAGUACAACUCAAUUUUUUCCUACAAAUACCGAAAACUUCUACGGUAUUGCAUUCACUUAUACUGCUAUUGAAGAUGGUAACAGGAUAUUUUAUAAAAUAUAG